CUUUUCAAUACCACUAUCAGGGCGCAUUACUUGCAAAAAGUGACAUGACUUCUGCUACAUGCAACUUAGUAGACACUAGUCGCCCCUUCAAAUCGCGACCUGAUAUUGUCAUACCGCAUCUUAACGUUACCUUGCACAACCCAAGCUUGGUAAACCCCGGCUUUUACUUCCUUGCACCUUUCAAGAGCUAUGUUUCGACACCAAUGAUAUUUGACAGUAAGGGAGAACUAGUAUGGGCUGGUAGCGACGCAUACGCAGGGACCGAAGGAGCAGGUGCCCAUGUCUACGAUUUCCACACGUGCGACUUCCAGGGCUUACCGCAUCUGUGCAUGCUGCGCGGGUUCAACGACCAAGGCAACGCCAGGGGCCAGGGGAUUAUUCUUGACUCUCAUUACCAGCCUGUCAAGCACGUAUCAGGCGGAGGGCACACAACCUCGUGCGAUCUUCAUGAGUUUACGACUGCCGAAUCCGGAACUACGUCACUCAUCACUCAGUACCGGCGACGACUGUACGAUUUAAGUGGACACGUCGAAAGCCGCGGCAUGAUCUGGAUCCUCGAGGGAGUCUUCCAAGAGAUAGAGAUUGACUCAGGACGCGUGCUGUUCGAGUGGAGAUCUUUAGAUCACAUCGACCCAGCUGAAAGUCAAGUUCAACCUGGGCAAGGAACCCGGACAGCACCAUGGGAUUAUGUCCACCUGAACUCCGUUGAGAAAAUGCCUGAUGGUAAUUACCUCGUUUCAGCAAGGCAUACUUCAACAAUUUUCAAAGUUUCCAGCCGCGAUGGAAGCAUUAUAUGGCGUCUUGGUGGAUCCAAUUCGACUUUCGGGCCCAUUGAACCAGCAAUCUUGUUCCAACAUCAUGCUCGCGUGCUAGUGGAUGACGCAGAUACUACAAGAAUUUCAUUAUUCGACAAUGCUCGUCGCCCAGCUUUCAAACCCGAGCGGCCAUCGUCCGGCUUGAUCGUACUGCUUGAUCACCGAACAAAGACAGCCCACAUUGAAAAGCGGUAUUCUGGACCGGGAAUUGAGUACACGUCCAAGAUUGCAGGUAGUACACUUGUCCUUCCCAACGGGAAUGUUCUUGUCGGCUUUGGCGACGCAGCCUGCUUCACGGAGUAUACUAGCGAUGGGAUACCAGGCUUCAAGGCAUGUGUCCGGGAUAAUUCGCUCGGGACCCUUUAUCGCGUAUACAAAAGCUCGUGGGUUGGUGCUCCGCUCAAUACGGUAGCAUUGGUAUCAUUCUCCCAAACACCUGCUUCAUUGACAGCUUUCCAUGUUAGCUGGAACGGCGCCACCGAAGUGAAGAGUUGGAGAGUUUACGGUGCUCUGCAUCCAGAUGGUCCAUUCUCGCAAAUCACCCAGGUGCCCAAGAAAGGAUUUGAAACCACAAUUACCACGGAGGAUCAUUACGUCAAAGCAUAUGUGGAGGCAAUUUCCUCCACAGACAAAGUUCUUGGAAAGUCAGACGUGGUAACAACAUUUGUGCCCUCUAAAGCUGCUGGCAUACGAUGCGACGACAUAUGGUGCGCAGAACCACUACACUGCCUUGUGCCGGGUCGAGUCACUACCACCACUGCCGCUACUAAGACCUCUCAUCCUAAACUUCUGCAGGUUGCCGACGGCUUGCAGCAUAUACCUUUUUUUCAAGCCCUUCUCUUGAACUUCGUUGUUACUUUGAUCUUGGUUAUUUCUGUUGGAUUGGUGAGAAAGCGUACAGCUUUCAAGCGAUGCUUAGGUCGUAUAUUUUGACUGCAAAAUUGUUGUUAUGUCUAGUAGCCAAGACUAAAACUUUUUACUUUAUGCGGGUACUAUUCGGGAAUAGCAUAUAGACAUCACAGUCGAAGAAAGAAAAAGGCUAGCACUCAUGGAGAUUUGCGCAUUGAAGACCGUAGGAUACACAUUGGCUGCUUUCUACGACGAGCUUACAGGUGUAAGCAAACUCUCUCAGGACAGAAGAAACAACAGC